CAUAAUCUUAAUUUUAUUCAUUUAUUUAUUCAAUUUCAAUUUCACGUGUCUGUGUGCAUUUUUUGUUGUAUUUUUCUGAGUGAAAUGGUGAGAAAUGAUUAUUGGACAUGGAUUCGAAAUGAAGAACUUCACCACGAUGAGCCUAAUGGCUGUGAUUUUCUAAAACUGGAUUGUGGAAUCUGAGGAUGAGGUAUAGUUGGCAGUAGUGUUGAAUCUUUAAAAGGAAAACUCGAAAGCUUGUGAUUAUUUUCCUUACAAGGAUGAUUUGCGGCGGGAAAGAGAGUAAUGCAAUUAACAAAAGUGGUGGAGAUUUUAAUCCAUAUAUGGGUUGAAGAGAUCUGUGUGUUUGGUAGUGAAGUGAAAUAUUGAAAUGGCGAUUGCUGGUUUGCAUAGUGUGUCUGUGCUCGACUCGUCUUUUUUGAGGGAUUCGCAGUCUCAGGCGUCGAGAAGGAGGGGAGAUGGGAGAAGUGGAGGCAACCGGUCGUCUUCGCUUUUGCAAAUGUGGCGGGAGAUUGAGGAUGAACAUGCUGUGAGUCAAGUUCAAGGAAGAGCUGGUGAAGUAGUACUUGAACGAAGGAAUAAUGGGUCGAUUGCGGAUGUUUCGUUAGAAAAUGCACCUGAUAGCCCAGAGAUCGGAGAUAGGCGUGGUUUAGAAGAUGUUGUUUUGCGUGAGAGUGAGUCGGAUACAUGGUCGCAGUCGCAAAGUCAGAACGAAUCACAUGAUGAUAAUGAGGAUUUAAACAAUUCUAGCUGUGAAAACUCGUCUGUUUUCGGAGAAGUUGAAAGGGAAAGAGUGCGGCGAGUUUUCAGGGAAUGGAUGAAUAGUGGAUCAAACGUUUCCCGAAGAAGUGAAAGUCCUAGGGGAGAAUGGCUUGGAGAAACCGAACAGGAAAGGGUGAGAGUUAUAAGGGAAUGGGUACAAACGAGCAGCGAGCAGAGAAGUGUUUCUUCUAGGGAUAACAGGGAGCAGCCACAUGCUGAAAUUGGUACACAAAUUGAACGUGUGCGUGAUGGAUUUGUCGCUAACCACAGUGAGGGACAAAAUGAGUAUACACGGAGGAGUAUGCGUAAAUUACGUGGCAGACAGGUUAUGCUUGAUAUGCUUAAGAAGGCUGAGAGGGAAAGGCAGAGAGAAAUUCACGAGUUGCUGGACCAUCAGGCUGUAUCACGUUUUCCCCAUCGCAAUCGCAUUCAGGCAUUGCUUAGAGGCAGGUUUUUGAGAAAUGAUAGAUCUGUUGAUCAUAACAGGUCCACAUCUGUAGCAGAAAGUGAAUUAGGCUUAUUGAGGCAAAGACAAACUGUAUCAGGUCUAAGGGAAGGAUUCUUCUCCAGAAUGGACAGUACUGGUUGCAGCCAAGCAACCAGCAACCUAUCUGAUACCUCGUCAAACAUUGAUAUUGAUUUUAAUACAAAUGAACAAACUGGAGAAAGCAGUUCAUGUAUGUUCAUUGAACCCACUAACGUCAGAGAUAAUAGGGUUGGGAUAUCUGGUGACCACUGUCUAGAAGGAAUUACAUCUGAGAGUUUAGAUUGUCAAGAAUCUACUGCCCAUGUAGAAGGAAAUCAGUUGCAGUGCUUGCAAAUUGAGUCAGUAGAUAGGCAUUCAUCAUUCAGUGAUGGGUGUGAAAGAAGAGAUUACACUGGGCAAAAUGUUGAGGUGGUGGCAAUCAGAGAUAGAGAGCAUAAUAAUAAUCAGGUAUCCAGCGAGGUACAUAAUGAGCAAUCUGAGCUGGGUGAUAUAAGUAACGGUGAAAACAAUUCAUCAAAUCAAAGUGAUUAUACGGAGAGCAAUGUUGUUGAUGAUGUGAAUGGAUCUGGUGCUCUAGAAGAGCAGCUGGAACAAAUUGUUGAAAAUGAAGGAAGUGGCUGGCAUCAGAGUAACACUGAAUGGAGAAAUAGCACCGAUGAAAAUGUGGAUGAUAAUCAGCUCAGAAAUACAGCAAAUGAGUGGCCUGAAAACAGUUGGGUCAACGAGGAUGUAGAAAACCCUCAUCUGCAAGAAGCUUCUGAAGUUUGGCAAGAAGAUAGUGGCUUCCAAGAGGCCGUGGAAAAUUGGUUAGGAGGACCUUCUGACCAAGAAACUGCUCCAAGUAGUAGAGUUCAUAGUUAUUAUUUUCCUGAUGAUGACAAUGUACACAAUGUUGAACUCAGGGAACUUCAUAGUAGGAGACGUGUGUCUAAUCUCCUUGGAAGUAGUUUCCGUGCGAGUCUUGACCAGUUGAUACAAUCAUAUGUUGAAAGACAAGGUCACGCUAACAUGGAGUGGGAUCCAGAAGAAGCAGCCCCUUCUGCUAACCUUGAGCAGCAGAGUCAAGAUCAGAUUGUUGAUCAGGAGGGUACUGUUAAUAGUCCACUUGACUUGCCCUCUUUGCCUACACCUCCUACUCCACCUCUUUGGGAUCAGCAUCCUCAUGGUGAUAACUGGUCGCACAAUGAUGAUUUGGAAAUUAUUAAUGACUUGAGACUUGACAUGGCUAGAUUACAGCAAAGGAUGAAUACUAUGCAGAGGAUGCUUGAGGCAUGUAUGGAUAUGCAGCUUGAGCUGCAACGCUCAAUAAAACAAGAAGUUUCUGCAGCACUAAAUCGAUCAGCUGGUUCAUCAGGAAUACGUGAAUGCGAUUCACUAGAUGACAAUUCUAAAUGGGAAUGUGUGAGAAAAGGACUUUGCUGUAUUUGCUGCGAAAGCAAUAUUGAUUCUUUAUUGUACAGAUGUGGCCAUUUGUGCACAUGUUCAGGAUGUGCCAAUGAGUUGCUUCAAAGUAGAAGGAAUUGCCCAAUGUGUCACGCCCCUGUGUUGGAGGUGAUACGUACUUAUUCUAUACUAUAAUAUUGACUUUACAAUAAAGGUCAUACUUAACAAUAUACAGGAUUCUAACAAGUUAUAUCGCCUGGACAUCUCCAGGUACUUUUUUCUUUUUGUUUUUUUAUUUUGUUUUGUGAUUACUGUAUUUAUGUCAAGUACUCCAAAGGAACACAUGAUGGCAUUUUUUUGGGCCAUAGUUCUGACAUGAAUAAAAAUUGUAUGUUUUUUAUUUUAGUUUCAAGUCACACAUCUUUUGUUUGAUGUCGAGGACAGAUCCUGUCCUUUUUUAUUUUAGGUGGCUGGAUAGUGUUUCGUAUACUUAUAAAUCAACCAACCUGUCUCAUUAUGUAAUUGUAUUCUUGUUCUGACGUGUCGAGACUCAUGUUUGGAUUGCACACUGCAUAUAUCAAAAUCAAAAUGGUUUGCCACUGAA